AUGUCCGGUUCAAACAUUCCUGUCAAACAAUCCCACACUGUUACCGUGUCUGGUGUGGUCGAGAACAGUGCAGUCCUCCCUCCCUCUGAUACUCGUAACUACUCCUACCGUUUGUGCACUGUUGCAAUCACGUGCAACGGUUGGAAUGACAAUAAUAAGAAGGAAUAUGAUGGAAAGUUUACCGCGUACUGUUCAGCCCUUGAAGUACCACACGUCGCGGAGUGUUACGUUAUGAAAGCUCGCUUCCUCGCCAACAAAGAUUCAGCCGACUUCAAUAUGUAUUACGAAGCAAAUCACAAGAUAUUCGUUGGGACCAGCAAAACUUUCACAGGCGUACUCCAUAACAAUACGGCCAUCUCAGGAUUAGGUGUUGUGUCCAGUCGAUGGAACAUUCCCGAUGAGGACGAUACAAAGUCAACACUGUGUUUCGUCAUGAAACAUGUUGAUUACCAACCGCAGCUCCGUAAAAACCAGUACUUCAAAAUUGAAUACUGUAUCCGUCCAACUGGCAACAUGGAAAAGAGUCAGAAUAUUGUUCAAGCGGGUCGCGAAACGCUUAUUACUGGCUUCAUCGUGGACUGGGAUUCUGACCACAACCGCUGGAUAGUUGAGGUUACCGGUGUCAGCCCCUGUACCGGUAAUGAAGGCAUUUCAUCAACUAAAGCGGACCGUGCUGGCUCAAUUACUCCCGCUGGUCGGGUUCGGCCCGCUAAACACGUACCCAGUUCCAUUACCUCUACCAACCCAACACCUGGUCCAAGUUCAACACCUGCUUCCAAACGUAAAUUACCCAUUGUGGAGGUUCCGUUGAAGUCCCCAACGCCACUUGCAUGUAGGACCCGGCCUGCUAAACAUGUCCCAAAGCCUUUAGCUUCCGCCAGCACCAAGGCCGUCAAGGCUGUCCCCAAGGGGAAAGGCAAAGCUUCUGCUACAGUUCAGUCCGAGCCCGCACCUGACGCCCUUGACGAGACCAUUUCUGACGAGGAGUGGCCUGUUUUGCCGGUUCAACCACUCCCAAAGAAAACUACUACUAAGAAGGCACCUGCUACCAAAGCGAAGAAGGCUAAGCCCAUUCCUAAGGUACCUGAGGUAGAAGAGGAGGUUAUCGAAGACGGCGAUGACGGUGAAGAAGUCAAUACUGAAGACGACAUGGAAACGUAG